UCAACUUCAACGGUUAUUCAGAAUGUUGAAAUUCGCAACGUACUUUUUGUGUGCAUUUAUGACACUGCAUCUAUAUGGAUCCUUGGCAGGAGCACAGGAUGGUAGGCGAUACGUAUGCUUAUUGACUGAUCCUGAGAACCAAUGUGGACCAUACUGCCUUUCCGAACUGCAGACAGUGAUCGAUCACAUAACAAAUGAACAACAGGAUUCGAAUACUUGCACAGCAAAGUUAAAUGAAACCCAGGCGAAACUUGAUCAAAUAGAGGACCAGUUAACGGCGACACAGAUACAAUUGGAUAAUCAGUAUAAAUCCCUUGACGAAAAUUUAAAGAAUUCAGUUCCGCAGGACCUUAAUGAGAAACUUGACAGGAUAUCUGGAAACCAGACAGAACUAAACAAUCAACUGAGAGUUCUACAAAAAAAUUUGGACAGCCGCCACGAUGCCGUCGAGGGUUCACUCUCCAACAUUGGCAGGAAAAUCGAACUUCUGAACUUCCCUGUGCGGAUUGGAACGAGGUUAUUCUACAUUGAACACAGUUUAUCUGUCGAUUGGAGAACUGCGGAAUCGAUCUGUGUUGAGAUGGGUGGCCAUUUGGCCGCGAUUAAAAACGAACAGGAGUACAAGGCUAUUACAGGCAAGCUCAGUAAGGCAAACUAUUGGCUGGGCAUCAACGAUUUGGCCCAACAGGGCACGUUUAUAUCCUUGGCCUCUGGAAAACGAGCUCCUUACUUGAAGUGGCGCUCCAAUGAACCCAAAUACGAUAACGACACCCAGCACUGCGUUUUCAUAUACAACGGGGUGAUGAUUGUUCGAUCUUGUGUCAACGAUGAUAUGCAUUUUAUCUGCCAAUCAGACAGUGAAAUUUAGAUAAGAAAGCAAAGGCACAAACUCACAGCGAUCAAUAUAGGUAAAAACAAACAUUUACAUUACAAAUGUACUCGUUAAAAUAAAUAACAAAAAUAAAUGAAUGUUCGAUUUAUUUAUUAAGUUCAAAAAUUUCAAUUAAAUUGAAGCUUGCGUAAUUUAAAAUAUUUUUAUUUCAUUGGCGACUUUUUUUUAAAAAUUACAGAGCAAAGUCACCAAAAAAAAAAAUAAGUAAGCAAAGAAUGUGUCAGUUACGAAAACAAAGGAUGAAAACCAAUAAAAUUUUACUAAAUAAGCAAGAACUAUUAAGUUAUUAUUGUAUUUUCUACAUUACAGUCUAUGGAAACUGUUUUAAUUAAACUUUCAAUUCAACUUUAA